UGUCCUCUUGACCGCUAGACUGCGGAAGUGGAUACUGACUCCUCCGCUUGGUCUGAGUUUGGGAGCUUUGCGCGUGUGCGCUCCUUAUUGCUUUCGCCUGGAAAGAUGCCGGGACUGGCGGCCGCUAGCCCUGCCCCGCCCGAGGCUCAGGAGAAGAAGCCUCUGAAGCCCUGCUGUGCCUGUCCGGAGACCAAGAAGGCGCGUGAUGCGUGCAUCAUUGAGAAAGGAGAGGAACAUUGUGGACAUCUCAUUGAGGCCCACAAGGAGUGCAUGCGAGCGCUGGGAUUUAAGAUUUGACAUGCAGAUAUCCGUCGGGUUUUGCAGACACAGCAGAGCCAAUGCACAUACGAGCCCAGACUGACAGCACGUACAAGACCUGCACAAGUUCAAGCCAGACCAUUUCCCGCCUCAAAGAAGGCUCAUGCUUAAAUCCCAGCACUCGGGACAGAAGCAAAUGGAUCUCUAUAAGUUCAAAGCUAGCCCCGUUCUAAAUAGUGAAUUCUAAGCCAGACAGUGCUCAGUGCUACAGUGAGAUACUGUCUUUAAAAAUAAAAAAGUAAAAAGGUAAAACUCAUAGUAGUUUUAUCUUUUGCUAAGUUUAUUGAGCUCAACAGCAAGCAUAGAAAAACCCCUAUCAAGAAAAAUGAUCAUAAUUGUGAGAGUCCAGAGUUGAAGCAACUCUUCCUGCAAUUGUACCUAGUACCUGGUGCCAUCUAGCAGGUACAUUAUCAGAGUUUUCUCUUCUAAGACCAGUGAAACCAAGUGUGUACUUCCUUGUUCAAGACAGGUAAAAGAGGCAGAAACCUUUCCCCAGGUGUGGAAUCUUCAAGGUCCCCUUUUCAAUAUGACUGAGCAAUACUGCUAUGUGUAUUUUUACACAAGCAAUGGUUGUCAGUGGUAUACCUCAGGCUAAGUGGUUUGAGCAGGGCCUACCCCUUCCAUGUCUCGUCAGAUCUUUGGACAAAACUGAAAUUCUGUUUCACAGGAAGAAGGGGUAAAUGGAUAUUGAGUAAGAAACCAAUGUUCCGUCUCACCCUAACCAUCUGAGUGCUCACAUUGAGUGCAUAAGAUCACUUCCUCUUAGAGUUGACUCAAAUGUCAAAGAGAAAACUGGGUAGACAGGAGAAACCAGCGGCCUGCUUUGUAGAAUCUGACAGUCAGCAAGGGUUCAGGAAGUUGUUUCCUGAAGAAGAGCCUGGAGAGCAGCACUUCCCCACCUGUGGGUCCCCAACCUUUGGGGGGUCAAAUGACGCUUUCAUAGGGAUCAUCCAAGAUCAUCAGAAAACACACACAGAUGUUUACAUUGUGAUUCACAACAGUAACAGUACAAGAUUGCAGCAAAAUAAUUUUAUGGGUGGGGGGGUCGUCACUAUAGCAUGAGGUGUGGUAGUAAAGGGUCCCUGUGUUAGGGACAGGGAGGACCACUGCUGGAGAGGAUCUGAGUCAGGACAUAUGCAGCUCCGAGAAGCAGGACAGCCAGUUCCGGGGCCAUAAGCAACACAGAUGCGCCACUCGCUCUCCAGCCUGGAGUCAGGGGACGGGAGGUUUCACCUCUAUGGCCAUGGCCAAGUCAGACUUUGAACAACUUAAACUGCUGCUGUUUUCUCUUUGUCCUUCUCAUCUCAGGUAUGUUGUCUCCUCACUAUGGAACCUGCAAGUGUUACACUGUUGCACAGUUGUAUGGAAGGUCACAGGCUGUUGUGAUCAUAAAAAGAGAAAGAGGUUUAGAGAAUAUAGUAUACAACAGCGGUGUAGGGGAAGGGGUGCCUCAGCGGGCCCACGCCCAGGCAUCCCUUCCUCUAAGGGACCAGACACACACAGACAUGGUGUACAAUAGAGUUUAUUCAGGGCAUGGGAUGGGGGUUAAAGGGGGGUAGUGGAGGCAGAGAGAGGGAGAGAGCAGAGAAGCAGAGGCUGGCCAUGACCACGUGGAGAGAGGGGGAGGGGAGGGGAGCCCAAGAGGGGCAAGGGAGAGGCUGAGAGUGAGAGGGAGCUAAGAGAGAGAGAGGAGGGGGCUGAGCAGCCCUUUUUAUAGUGGGCUAGGCCUACCGGGCUGUUGCAGGUAACUGUGGGGGAGGGGGCAUACCUAGCUGUUGCCAGGUAAUUGUGGGGUGUAGCUUAGACAGAACCCUAACGCGGGCUACCUUGUCAUCAGUGUGCAUACCUUCUGUUCUGGGCUUGCCCACACAUCUGUACCCUGUUCUCUCAGCAUGCCUGGCUGGAGAGCUCCCGAGCAGACUUCAGACGUCCUUCAGUCAACCUCCCCGCUCUGCUUGCUUUCUUAUUUUUCUCCUUCUUAGCGUCCCCAUCAGAGAUUUUUCUUUGACCCCGUACUCAUCUUUUAUGAGAUUUCUGGGUUUUUCCAGGUUAGUCUUCCCUUUAGAUUAAAAACUUCCCUGGAGGGGAUUUUUCCCCCCAUUUCAUCUUUGUCUUUUGUUACUACCUCACAGCUUGUCUAAAUUAAUGCUUACCGACUUAAAUUAUCAAAGGGUGUUACUUCUGUUUUUUUUUUCCACUGUGUAUACACUUUCAUGUUUGUGGGUUUCCUCAUAAGGACAUUACUGUCUUAACACAUACAAUAUAUUUAUUCUCUUAUCUCUGUCAACUGGCUUUUUAAAUAAAAAGACAUAAUUUCCUGUUA